AUUUUCCUUGAAGUCCAGCUAAGAAUGCAACCAACAAUAAAGUGAAAAAGCUGUGCAGCUGAAGAACCAUCCUUCUACUUGGUGAAAAUGUCUCUUAUUUUUUGACAACAAUUAACGAACAAUGGGGUCAAACACACUUGGGAAGGCUGCAACAUUAGAUGAGCUUUUGAACACUUGUAUUGAAAUGUUUGAUGACAAGGGAAAUCAGUGCUCCAGCCAUUUGCCAAGAACUUUUCUUUUAAUGCAUCGGUGGUAUUUGCCUUCCACAGAGCUGGCUGGCAAGCUUCUUUCUACGUAUAGAGAUGCCAAUGGGGAGAACUGCAACGAAUUCAGAUUAAAAAUCUGCUAUUUCAUGAGAUACUGGAUUUUGGAAUUUCCUGCGGAGUUUAACUUGGAUCUUGGGCUGAUUCGUUUGACUGAAGAAUUUCGAGAAGUAGCCAGCCAGCUGGGAUAUGAGGAUCACAUCCAUUUCAUUGAUAUAUCCAGCAUUCCUUCCUAUGACUGGAUGAGAAGAGUUACACAGAGGAAGAGGAUUUCCAAGAAAGGAAAAGCCUGUCUGCUGUUUGACCAUUUGGAGCCCAUUGAGCUAGCUGAACAUCUCACUUUUCUGGAGCAUAAAUCUUUCAGGAGAAUUUCUUUCACAGACUACCAAAGCUAUGUGAUCCAUGGCUGCUUGGAGAACAAUCCUACUUUGGAGAGAUCUAUUGCUUUAUUUAAUGGUAUUUCCAAAUGGGUCCAGCUCAUGGUUCUCAGCAAGCCAACACCCCAGCAAAGGGCAGAAGUAAUCACAAAAUUUAUUAAUGUUGCACAGAAGCUCCUUCAACUGCAGAACUUCAACACACUGAUGGCAGUUGUGGGAGGCCUAAGCCACAGCUCUAUUUCUCGGCUGAAAGAGACUCAUUCUCAUCUGACUUCAGAAGUCACAAAGGACUGGAAUGAAAUGACAGAGUUGGUCUCCUCCAAUGGAAACUACUGCAACUACCGCAAGGCUUUUUCUGACUGUGUUGGCUUCAAAAUUCCUAUUUUAGGAGUUCAUUUGAAAGACUUGAUUGCUGUCCAUGUCAUUUUCCCUGACUGGAUAGAUGAGAACAAAGUUAACAUAGUGAAAAUGCAGCAGCUUUCCAUCACCUUGACUGAACUAGUUUCCCUGCAAACUGCCUCUCAUCAUUUAGAGCCUAAUAUGGAUUUAAUCAACCUCCUAACU